GCUACAUCAUUGGUGUUCAUGAGUGCCAUGGGUUGUCAUUGCUGGUGUCUAUGCGCAAGUUGGCAUGGCAGAUCUUGUCAAAGAGUGGGCGCCCUCAGGGAAGGCCUUCGCAAAAACCUCAGCAGCGACUGAACGUGAUUGCUUGGUGUUCAUCGUCCUGGGCCACUGUGGAGUUCCAUCAGACGCAGAUGUCCUGAAGCAAGAGCUGGCACAGUUGCUGCAGGAUGCCAAGGUGACCGUUUGGAUUCCUACUCUCAAAGGUUCGGAUGCCUUACAGAAGGAUGACAUUGACGCAGCAGCAUUGUUGUUGGCCCAGGAAGUAUGUGAAGCUAUCAAAUCGGGUCAUUGCGGCCAUCUAAGUUUUGUAGGGAUUGGCACUGGAGGUUUGAUUGUUCGGGCUGCAAUUCCUUGGCUUGGCGCGCAUCGCAACUGCUUGACGACCUACAUGUCUGUUGGCACACCUCACCUUGGUGUGUGGCUACCUGCCCUUACCUGGACAGCAUAUGUGAGAACAUGGCAGCUGCGCUAUUUUCUGGGGCGGCCUUUAUGGCUUGAUCAGGUGACACAUUCUGAGGGGCACCGCGCACACGGAUCCAGGCUACAUCGACUUUGCGAAUGCGAGGAUGCUCUGAAGUAUUUUCAGCGCUUGAUAUUUGUGGGAAGCUCCACAGAUCGCAUUCUGCCCAUGCUGUCAUCAGUUGUAUUCAGACCUCCAAAUGUUGCAUCCGCACAAACUGACCUGCCUGUUGUUUGUGAAGAUCUACCACGAUCAAAGAUCUUGAUGUUUGCCGUUCCACUUUUGUGGCUGGCACGUUUGCGAGCUUGGCUUUUGCUUGUUGGUGUGUUACUUGCUGGAAUUCUGGCGUUGGUGUUGCCAUCACCACCUGGGCGAUUGGGCCACAAAGUGAAUCACAGCAAGCGCUUUGUGCGGGAUAUUUUUCAGACACUAACUCGGCGGACAGAUCACGACAUCGAUCUACAUUUGGCCACUUGCUUCUUACGCUCUUUGGAUGCAGAACGGCUUAUGCGCAUUGAAGUUUGUGGCUGCCGAGGUCAUUCUUUCUUUGGUCAGUAUUUUGGAUCUGACGUGCUGGCAAAUGCAGAUCUGAUUAAGCACUUAGUGCAUUGCUACGGAGCCUUUCUGGGACAGUCCAUAGAGAAGAAGGGCUAGAAGCUGGGUAGGUACGGCGUCAUCUUGUCAAAGGUGCAGGUGUGCGUGGAAGUUUCAUUGAAGCCGAUUGCAACCCAC